GCUGGGGGGGAGCUGGGGCGCCACUUGCCAGCGGACCACCUGCCAGGGGCGGAGGGUUGCUGCGGGGGGCACCCACCGCGGGCCUCGCUCACCCAGCCCACCUGGGCUGUCCUCAGAGGCUAAGCCGGGUUCCUGCCGUCUUUCGCUGUAUCCUUACAACCCUAGGAGACAGAGGCCCGGGAGCCAUGGGCGACUGGGGCUUCCUUGAGAAGCUGCUAGACCAGGUCCAGGAGCACUCGACCGUGGUGGGCAAGAUCUGGCUGACGGUCCUCUUCAUCUUCCGCAUUCUCAUCCUGGGCCUGGCCGGCGAGUCGGUGUGGGGUGAUGAGCAGUCGGAUUUCGAGUGUAACACGGCCCAGCCAGGCUGCACCAACGUCUGUUACGACCAGGCCUUCCCCAUCUCCCACAUCCGCUACUGGGUGCUGCAGUUCCUCUUCGUCAGCACGCCCACCCUGGUCUACCUGGGCCACGUCAUCUACCUGUCCCGGCGCGAGGAGCGGCUGCGGCAGAAGGAGGGGGAGCUCCGGGCACUGCCGGCCAAGGACCCACGCGUGGAGCGGGCGCUGGCAGCCAUAGAGCGACAGAUGGCCAAGAUCUCGGUGGCGGAGGACGGCCACCUGCGGAUCCGCGGGGCGCUGAUGGGCACCUAUGUGGCCAGCGUGCUCUGCAAGAGCGUGCUGGAGGCGGGCUUCCUGUACGGCCAGUGGCGUCUCUAUGGCUGGACCAUGGAGCCCGUCUUUGUGUGCCAGCGCUCACCCUGCCCCUACCUCGUAGACUGCUUUGUCUCUCGCCCCACGGAGAAGACCAUCUUCAUCAUCUUCAUGCUGGUGGUCGGACUCAUCUCCCUGGUGCUCAACCUGCUGGAGCUGGCGUACCUGCUAUGCCGCUGCCUCAGCCGGGGGCUGAGGGCCCGGCAGCGCCAGGACGCACCCCCAGCCCCGGGCACCUCCUCGGAGCCUUACACCGACCAGGUCUUCUUCUACCUCCCCAUGGGCGAGGGGCCCUCGUCCCCGCCGUGCCCCACCUACAACGGCCUCUCGUCCAGUGAGCAGAACUGGGCCAACCUGACUACGGAGGAGAGGCUGGCUUCUUCCAGAGGCCCCCUUUUCCUGGACCCACCCCCCCAGACUGGCCGGAAAUCCCCCAGUCGCCCCAGCAGCUCUGCUUCCAAGAAACAGUAUGUGUAAGGGCCUGGGGCUUCCAUCACCCUGCAGCGGGGCCUGGGAAGUCUUGCUGCCUUUUAAUGCAAGGUUCCACAGAGAUGGCUGGGGGAGACAGGUGCUGGCUGGCCAGAGAGCCUCCUUGCAUGUUGUUCUUGACACCUGCGUCCUUCCUAGUGACCAGAGAGCACCAGACCUUCCCCCUCCAGAAUGUGGCUUUGUCCCAGGCACGGACAGAGCCAGCGUGGGGUGCUCUUGGCCAACGGUGUUUGGGCCCUUUGGUCUUUUUCACCUGGUUCAGAGGGACUCGGAGACAACUUACCCCACCCCCACCUCCGUGGCAGAUUCACCUCCACCCAGGUUGUCCACACACCCUGUCCUCUCAGUAAAGGCUGGUGGAGGCUGCUGGGUCAGCCUUGAUCACACACACACACACACACACACAGCCUGUGCUGGAUCUGGCCCUGUCAAGGGGAGUGGGGUCUUGCUCUCAUCACUCCUUCCUACUUCCACUGUUUAUCCUUCUAAAAUAAACAGGACUUGAUCACAAGUGAGGUGUGUGUUGAUACUGUCACGAUGUACCUUGGCAUGUAGGGUUGAAGAACAGUUGCUUUGCCCAGGGUUCCUUGCCUGUGCCUUUGGACUCUGCAAUCCCAACACCAGCCAGCGCUUUAAACCCUCAAACUCCUACGUACCACCUCUCAGCAGCUCUGAGUCCUGAACUCUCUGCCUUCUGAAAUGCCUCAGCACCAGCCUCUUCUUUCCAUCCUCACUGUCCCAGCCCCUUCAACCUGUCCAUUAAUCAGUGGCCUAACCAGUGUCUGUUCUCCUCCUGCCCCCUGGCCAUCCAGCGCCCCGGCCAUGCUCCCCACUGCAGUGUGCUUCCUUACUGGGCACUGCUCCUCACCUGCCCUGGGCUUCCCUGGUGGCUCAGAGGGUAAAGAAUCUGCCUGUAAUGUGGGAGACUCAGGUUCAGUCCCUGGGUCAGGAAGAUCCCCUGGAGAAGGGAAUGGCAACCCAUUCUAGUAUUCCUGCCUGGAGAAUCCCAUAGACUGAGGAGCCUGGCGGGCUACAGUACAGGGGGGUUGCAAAAAGUUGGACGUGACUGAGCAAUUAACACUCUUCACCUGCCUGCCAGCCAAGCCCUUCCGAGUCUGGCUCAAGUGGCCCUGCAGCCCUUGGUAUUUGGGGAGGCAGGUGUAGACCACUUACCCCUGCUGCCUUGGCCCCUUCUGUCUGCCCACCAGAAGGAGCAACUUAAGGACUGCACCAUACCUCCUCCCCAUGCACCUAAAACUCAGAACAGACAGUGGUCAUGUAGACAGGUGCACGGAGCUGUCAAGGUCCAUUGGAGGAAUGGAAUCUUGACUCUGAGUCACAAAGGUCUCAGGGGAAAAAAAUAUGCAAUUGAACUGGGUCUUGACAGAUAAAAUAGAAGUCUACCAUGAAGGGAAGAGGAUGUCUUAUUUAGACAGAAAAUUGUGCACAGGCAUGGAGGAGGGGAACUGCUGAGGAUUAAGGGGGCUGCCCAGGGCCUGAUGAGCCAUGUGGGAUGUGGGAGGUAAACUGAGGAUGAGUCCAUGCUGGCAGAGUUGACCUUCUAUGUGGAAGCUGACCCAGAUGGAACACUCGGUGGCCCUUGAAGGAAGCUGGUUGUCUCCCCUACCCAGGGAGGUAUGGGGCUGGGCUUUUAGGAGGGAGUGGGGUCCAUCUCACAUGGCCACAUGCAGGGGAGCAGCUUGGCCCUGUCCCAGCAGGACAGGUAGCUCCUGUCAAGGUAGGGGACUUGGAAGAUAGGUAGGUCUUCAAAGCACCAGCUCUGUAUCCUUGACCCCAGGGUUCACUCACUCACUGCUUACCAGCAAGUCUGAUGCUCAGCCUGAUAAGUUACACUCCACUCUUCUCACUUUGGUUCUCCUUGUUCCCUCUGAAUUCCCUGAGAUUCAAUCAGACCAGCCCCCUCACGGUUCCCCAGACUCACUGGGUCGGUUCUCACCCUGUUCCUUUGCCAGCCUAGAGUGCCUCUUCCCCAACACUUCCAAAUCCCACCAGUCCUUUAAACACAUCUGUACCCUUUAAACACAUCUGUACCCCAAAAAGGCAGAGCCUGAAUGCAGAAGAAAGAGUAAGAUGAGCUUUGAUGUUAGAGAGUCCUCAGUUUAAAUAAGGCCUCUAAGACACAAAAAGCCAUGUGGUUUUAAUCAUUUAAUUUCUCCAAGUCUCAGUUUUCUCAACUAUAAAAUGCAGAUAAUAUUGCCUGCCUCACAGGUAUGAGAAAUAAAAAUAAGAGAGAGAACAUGAUUGCACCUGGCUCCUAAUGUCAUGCAAUAAUACUCAGCUCACCCUCUCCAGCAAGAUUAGCAUUGGUUCUUCCUCCUCCAGGAAGCCCUUCCUGACUUCUCCAGCCAGUCUCCAGUGAUGGAGACUACCUUUCAGCAAUCUGGACCGCUGCUUGGUAUGAGCCUAUUUCACACACUCUCCACCCCAUGGAGUCCCUAAGGAUCGCUGGGGUGAUGCUCUGAAGUCACUGCAGGCCUAGACCUGCAUUCACUUUGACUAUGAAAGGAGGAAUUCAGUUAGACUGGGCAGAAAGCACACCAUUCACGCGUUAGAAGACUCCAGGAGGCUGAAGUCCCCUUCAAGGGAUCCUUGCCUUCUUGAAACCAAGGAAA